AUGAAGCGGUGGAAACUCGCUUCAGCCAGCCCCCCGCCGCCCAGUCCCUGGCGGUGGGACAUUGGUGGACCCAUCACAGACUUCUGCGAGGAUGGCAUCGAGGCAGGCCCGUCAUCUUGUGCUGCGCCGGCAGUAGACGCCGUCAGCAGCGUAUCGCGUCCCAACCGUCGACGACGCCUGUCGCCAUUCGGCGCAUUCACCGCCGCCCUCGCACUGUCUCUCCCACUCGUCCCACUCGCAUCAGCUGGUCCGGUACCAGUGACAAGAGCUGAACCAGGAGACACGGCACUGUCUGAACUGCCAGCACCCACCGGGUUUUCAAUAACAACACCAACAACAACACCCAUCCCCGAUCCAGCCCCCACGCUUGAUCCUCGACGGUUACACGCCGAGCCCGAAUACGUUGCACCAUCCACUCUUCCUUCAGUUCCUGCCAUCACACUUCCAGAAACUGUCCUGCCCUAUUACCUCAGCCAGUCCUCCGACGGCUAUUGGUACAAAGUCGACCGCGCGUGGUCCUUGUAUGGCCGAGAAGCAGCCUCUGACGAAACAGGCGACACUUCAGCGAGCAUUACAAUACCCAUCGCGUCGUAUGCUGUGGCCUCCAUUCUCCCUACCGGCUGGGGCAACACUUCCAAACGCGGCUCGCUGUACAAGACACCACUCAUUGCAGCCUCUGCCGUUCUUCUUGCCGUCAUUAUCGUGGCGGGCAUCAUUUUCAUCACCAUCCAACGCCGCAAGACUUUGCGCAGACAAAAGCGCCACGACGCACGGGUUCGUCGCAAAGCACUCGCCGCGGCCGGUAUCACCGAGGAUGACAUGCGCAACGCAAACGAGGAGACUGAGCGCUUGUUCCGCGAGCGUCUCGCCGAGAUUGAGCGCAUGCACCAGGCCAAACGCCGCUCGGGUAAGACGAGCAAGAGUGUGCCCCAUGGCGGCAACACGACGAUUGUGCGCACCAAAGUGCGUGUUUGGCGUAAAGGUGUGCGGAGACGCAGGACAGCCCAGCACGGUGGCAACGACGAUUUGAAGGAACACUCUUCCCCCAACGGCGGCGCCUACACCUCUGCAAACUUGCUCCGUCGUCGCAGCUCCCUUACCUCGUCCAUCAUGACCCGCUCGGACGCCUCGUUGGCGACCACCGUUUCGUCAGUCGACUCCCACGACCACUCUCCACCCCGUGAUCAGUCGCCGCGCAUUCUACCGUCCACAGAGGAAAGUGCAACUGGAAGCGACAACCACACUGGUGCAUCGGACACGUUGGCGCAAACAACGUCGGCGUCGGAUGCGCCAUUGUCGCUCACGUCUUCGUCAGCCUCGAGUCCUCCGGCUGCGUCGGCGUCAUCGCCCACAGCAGCGUCCGGCGGACCGUCGACUGCCAUGCCGCACAUGCCGCCAGCGUAUCGACCAGCAUCCGUUCGCAGCAUGCAAGCAGGACCUUCCGUUCCGCCAGGUUCCAAUGCCGCCGCCGGUGCUUCGUCUGCCUCUUCUGCGGCUCUCGCAUCUGCUCUCUCCCCGGAGAAGGUCGCUGCGGCAGGCUUCUACCCUGCCCCGGCCACCGAGGAUGCAGAGGUCGCACAGGCCAUCGCCCACCGUGCAGACGCAAAGUCGCCGAUUAUCGUGCCUCCAGAGGAAGAACAGGAGCGCGAGCGACGGCACAUUGCCACAGACGACAAGCGCGAGCUGGAGCGAUUACGGCUGGGAGCAUCUGCUCCGCCAGUUGUGCGGACGGACAAUGCGGACUUUGGCGGCGGCGGUGGUGGUGGUGGUGACGGUGACGAAAGUGGAGGUCCGUCGGCGCCCAGCUUUCACGUCGAUGCUGGUGGCUUUGAGGUGUUCCCGCCCGAAGACGACGUCGACGGCGAGGCAGACGCUGGCCCAAGCCAUCCUGCCCAGUCUCCCGCGUCGCUACGUGUCAUUACGGGGAUCCCGGCACCGCCAGUGCGGGGCAAGCAGCGAAGCCUGUACACCUUUAGCAGUGCUCCGAGCAGCCCUGUCGGUGGUGGUGGUGGUGGUGGUGGUGGUGUAGGCAUGACGCCGUUGUCGCCUCUACCGUCUGCGCCUCCGGGCCAUGACCAGCUGUCUGUUCCCUCGGCGCCCCCAUUGCACGGCCACGACGACGACGCCGCCGACCGCACACCUUCCGCCCCACCGCUGCCCUCGGCGCCGCCGCCGCACGGGCACGACGAGGUUGUGCCCUCCGCCCCAGCAUUCGCGCCCGACGAUGACGGCCAGGGCCAUGAUCCCGAGCAUCACGCCGCAGACCACGGCACCGCCGACCACGACCUCGACCACGACCUCGACGCGGUGUCCCUGCAUCACAGUGUACCGGGCCCAGACCACCCGCACCACGACGCAGACAGCACCAGCCUCAGCGUCAGCGGACACCGGUUCUUGCCGCGGUACGAGCCGUGA